CAAGUAUCGAAAUGGAAACAAAAAGAGAUAGAUCAUAGAGAGAAACAGUUAAUUAAUCCGUUUUCGGAAUGGGAAGGUGCUUCUCAUCGAGCUAAAUUAGACAAAAACGAUCCGGACUAUGGAAAACCUGUACCAGGGUCGUUAACUGAAAUUCGCGGGAAACAAGCGGCCAAUCAAAUAUUCGCUGAAAUAAGGGAACUUUGUCAUGCUAUCGAUGCUCUUGGUGAGAAAGGCGAGGAUGAUAGAAUGAGAAUAACAUUCGGGAAACUAUUUUCAGCGUAUGAAAAAGUGUCUAAUAAAGUUGUGGGUAUGUUGAUGAGGGCUAGGAAACGUGAAUGUGUAAGUUUUGAAGGUGAAAUGUUGUAUCAAGGCAGAGACGAGGGUGUGUUAAUAACUUUG